AUGAAGUCAGCCUGUCAUAUAGCUUGUAGUUGUUGUUUGAAACAAGAAGAUAGAUGUCAUUAUUUUCAAGAAGUUUUCAGAUUAGCAUCUGAACAUAGAGAUGGUUUAUAUCAGAUGAGAGCUAGUGCUAUAUUUACUCUAGAAGAAGCUGUUAUAGCCAGUACUUCAGUUAUAUUACAUGAUGACUUUAUAGUGGAUUUUAUUAUAUAUAGUAACUUUCCUUUACGUAUAAACUGUGAUAACAUAUUGAUAUCUAUUAUCAAGGCUAGUGAUAGUGGUUUAUCUCCCUUUAGAAAGAAAACUCACAUUCGGAAUCCUAGUUUAACUUUUAAAAAUCACGAACAUUUACCUAAUUUUAGACCAAUCAGAAAACAACUUCCACCAGAAAUCAAUGUCAACUCUACGUAUGAAAAAAGGAAUGGUAAAAUUGUAUCCUGCUCUGUAGGAUGUGCUAAUGCUCAUGAAUUGUUAAAACGUGCUGAUAGUACAACAAAUCAAGUAGAAUCAGAUAUUAUUAUCAAGGGAGAUUACUCUCUGUGUAUGAGUAUGAAUAAUGUAACAUUGGAACCAGGCAAAAAUAAAGUUCAACUAAAGAUGAAGACUGAAGAUAAAGGAAUGUUUAAACUAAGUCAAAUAUGUUAUAAAAUAAAACAGCUAGAAUUAUUAAAAACAUUAUCUCAAUGUGAUCUACAAUUUGAAGUUGUUUGUAAUGAACCAUCAGUUCAACUUAAACCUUUGAAAUUAGACAAGUUUCUGGCUGGUAUACAACAAGAUGUAAUAUUAGUGAUUAACACUGGUAGUUAUUAUAUACCAAAUGCUUCCACUAUAUCACUGGAAUUUAAUGGUCCAGUCUCUUUAAUAACAGACAGGGGAGACAACACAUUAAAACUUGAUGCAGCAGAGAGUCAAGAAACUGUAGAGUAUAAACUAAGUUUAUUUUUGGAAACUAAACAACAACUGAAACAAACUACAGAUAUUCAGAUGAGUUGUAAAUUAGAUUGUUGGGAUAAAAUAAUGACAUAUAAUUUGAUCUUUUACCAUCCAUUCCAUAUUACUCAUAAACUACAUACUAGUAAAGAAAAAAAAUUUUUACAAUUGACUGUCAUUGGUAAUGUGAAGUCAGAAUUUACAUUGUUAAGACCAGAAUUAUCUUGUUUGAAUUGUUUAGAUUUAGAAUUAAUUCCGUUUAAUAAACUAGAACAUCAGUGGAAAGUUAGUUGUGAUCAAACAGCAACUUUUGUCUGGUCAAUCAAGUCAAAUAUAUCAGAGUUACCUAACCUUGACCUGUGUUUUAAUGUUAAAUAUACAUCUAUACAAGAUAAGUCUGGUGAACAGAGACUGUUUAGUUAUAUAUGUCAUCUUGAACAAUUUCAGACCCAGUAUUUAUUGGAUUAUGAACUAAAAACAUCAGAAGAAAAAUGUUGUAAGACUGGUGAAUCUACUCUACUACAGAUACAUGUUCAAAAGGCAUCUACUUGUAAUAAACCAGAUAGUAGACUUGUAUAUCAAGUUAGUGACAAUACCAGCUGGGCUGUUGCUGGUAAAUCUACAGGUGUAUUUGAUAUAGCUGAUGAUGAAUAUUCCACUACUAUAGACGUAAUACCAUUACAAUCAGGUUUACAACACUUACCCCUAGUAACAUUAUACCAAUACGUUGAUAGUAAUCAAAAUCAGAAUGAAGUAUGGGUAAGAAAACCAUCCGAUAGUGAAAUAAAAGAUGGUAAAAAAUCUCAGAAUAUUACCAGGUUUACACCCUUUAAUACUGGAGAAGUUUAUAAUAAUAGUAAAUGUCAACAAGUUCACAUACAACCAACCAAAUCAUCACUUGAUACAGAAUUCAUCGUGGCUUUGUAG